AUGGCCACACCACCAGUUCGCCAAUGGGGAGUUACUCCUCCGAUCUCUACGGUCUUGCCGACUCCAGAUGAGCUCGCUGCAAAUGACGAUCUGAUCUCUGAACUAAAGUUACAAAACAACUUUGAAAGCCCUGCAGAGACCGAGCACAGGAAAAAUACGCUCCAACUUAUCCAACGUGUCACGGUCGAGUUCAUCAAAGUCGUCAGCCGAAAGAAGGGACUAUCCCCUGCUGCAGUGGAGGCCGCAGGAGGAAAGAUCUUUACCUAUGGAAGUUAUCGCCUCGGUGUUUACGGACCUGGGUCUGAUAUCGAUACCUUGAUUGUUGGUCCGAAGCAUGUUGUCAUCGACGAUUUCUUUUCAGAUUUCCCCCCUGUUCUUGAAAGAAUGGCUCCACAAGGGGCUGUUGAGAAGAUGACCCCUGUUCCAGAUGCCUUCGUACCUAUUAUUAAACUCGAAUUUUCCGGUAUUAGUAUCGACUUGAUUUAUGCCCGCCUGAUCGUCCCUUCAGUUCCGCUCAACCUCGAUUUGAAGAACAAUGACUACCUCAGAGGCUUGGAUGAAAAAGAGGUCAGAUCACUUAAUGGAACUCGUGUAACUGACGAGAUUCUGGAGCUUGUGCCUCAGCAGAAGACUUUCCGUCUAGCUUUACGUGCUAUCAAACUCUGGGCGCAACGCAGAGCCAUUUACUCUAAUAUCGUGGGCUUCCCCGGUGGUGUUGCUUGGGCUAUGCUGGUAGCUAGAGUGUGUCAGUUAUACCCCCAGGCGACCGGGUCGGUGAUUGUGGGCAAAUUCUUCCGGAUAAUGAACAAAUGGGCUUGGCCUCAGCCUGUGUUGUUGAAGCCAAUUGAGGAUGGCCCUCUCCAGAUGAAAGUCUGGAAUCCAAAGAUUUAUCAUGGUGACCGCUUUCACCUGAUGCCGAUUAUUACUCCCGCGUACCCUUCAAUGUGCGCUACUCACAACGUCUCCAUGUCAACCAAGACUGUUAUCCUUCGCGAAUUGCAACGAGGCGGAGAUAUCGUAGACAAAAUCUUCCUGAAACAAAACACUUGGAAUGACCUUUUCGCAAGACAUUCAUUCUUCACUCGCGACUAUAAGUAUUACCUCAGUAUAACCGCGUCGAGCAGAACCAAAGAAGCGGAAGCGGUCUGGUCUGGACUUGUUGAAUCAAAGAUUAGACAUUUGGUCGGGGCUUUGGACAGGAAGUCAACUAUCGCAGUUGCUCACCCGUUCCCCAAAGGUUUCGAAAGGGUUCAUAUCGUCAGCAGCGACGAGGAGACAGAAGCUGUGAAGAAUGGCUCUACCCAGUAUCAAGAUAAGGGCCACAAAACAGAGACGACCGAUGAGAUAAACGACGUUGCUCAUCAGGCCGCGGCUAACAGUCAGAUCGAGAAACGCGACGUCGCCGAGACCGUGGAGGAUAAGGCCAAUGGCGAGAGCCGAACCAUCUACACCACAACAUAUUAUAUCGGGCUGGAAUUGAAGCCAUUGGAGCCAGGUCAAUCCCGGUCGUUGGAUAUCUCAACCGACGCCCAGAUAUUCAAGUCGACUUGUACCUCUUGGCCUGGAUAUCAGCCCGGUAUCAACGACCUAGCCAUCAUCCACGUGCGGAACUUCGACCUUCCCGAAGAUGUGUUUCAACCAGGAGAAACGCGUCCACAGCGGCCUAAGAAGAAGAUUAUCAAGAAAUCCGGAGCGGGCGGUCAGAAACGAGGCAUCGAAUCAUUGGACGUAAGUGCAAACAAGAAAGUUCAAGUGGGCUAUGGACGGCAAGCUACUUCUACGGAAUUCGACCCCUCGCGCUUAGCGACUCUCGAAAGUCCUGACACCUGA